UAUGUUCAACUUCAGUGCGGAGUUCGAGUAAUCUUGGGAAUCAAAAGGGGUUUUGGCAUAGUAUGGGUCGCUUUCAAGGAAAUUUCCGACAUCCUUUGAAAAUCAUUGGAACUCGGAAGUCUUAUGAGACUAUCGAAUGGUUCAAAAACUGGCCUCGCUGGUUCGACGACGGCAUAAACAGGUUACAGUUGUAUGGCUUAGGAAUCGUGGGCGUCAUGGUAGUUAGAAACCCAUUCGACAUGAUUGCGACGAGGUCCUCCAGGUACUAUGUCCUUCAGUUUAGACACAUUCGUACUGGUCAGAUGACCUGGAUCAACAGACAGAACUGCUCUAACGUCAAACCAAAAAUAGAAGGAUCUUGCUAUGACUUUAUUCGGAUCUCCAUGGCUAACGGGACAAUGAACAUCGCUCAUAGCCGGGAUGUAGACAAGGCCAUCAGAGAGAUCGCAAGUCAUGCCAAAUUAAGUGAUUUGUUGAUGCGAACUUAUCCUAAUUUUAAAUAUAUCCAAGUGCAACUGGAAGACCUGAUUGCAAACCCUCGAAAACACGUCACUAACUUCUGUACAGUUCUCGAUCUAGACUGCAAUGAAGAUUAUAUACAGGGAGUUUUGGAGGGCGUUUUGGACUCACCUAACCCAUCCAGAAAUGGAGUUAAAUGGACCCCGGGUCAAAUUAAGGCCGUGAACAAUUUGGUUGACAACUUUCCAAGAAUUUUCUCUAUGCCAGAAUACAGUAGAAGUAGCAAGACUUUAAAUAAUUUAGUGUAAAUGCAAUA